CCAAAUUGUCUCAUUCGUUCUUUUUAUUAAGACCAUGCUGACUGGUGUUUCUGCAUAUCAAAAUGGUCUUGUUAGUGAGGCCUGUAUUACAAUGGUGCCAGGUCAUGGCUACAGUCAACAAUCAACUAUACCUCCUUACAGUGUUUCUGUGCAGAAUUCUGUCUACAGCCCAGGCGAUACAAUUACAGUGACUAUAGAAUCCGCAAAUCAGCCAUUUAAAGGAUUCUUGCUCAGCACAAGGACAAUUGCAAAAGAUGAACCCAUUGGAACAUUUAGCAUAAUAGACUCUUCAACAACUCAGGGCAUUCAGUGCAAUGGAAAACAGAAUGCUGCAGCAAGCCACACAUCUUCUUCAUUCAAGAAUAAAGUUCAAGUAAAAUGGAUUUCCCCAAAUAGCUCAGAAGACAUUCAGUUGAAAGUGACAGUGGUUCAGAGUUACAGCACCUACUGGGCUAACUUUCUUGGUCCAACAAUAUACAGGUCUCAACAAAAUAAUUCAACCACAACAACAUCUGCAGCUGUAACAAAGACCAGCAUCAUUUCCACUGCCAUUACUCCUCAGAGCACUGCAGGAUCAAAGACCAUCCUUACAACUGCAAGCACAGUCAGUAAUGGAUGUUAUACCAUCCAGAUCUUACCUGAACUACUUCGUCUAUCCAUAUUAUUACUACUUAUUGUCAACACAUUUCUUUUUCAGACCUACACAGCAAUGUAAUACUUUACUGCAGUAAUGCUUCCUUUUAUGGUUAUUUUAAUAUUAACAUUUACAAGAAACAAUAUACAAGAUAGGUCAACAUAAUCUUGAGGUUUUGACUUUUGCUUUAUUAACAUUUUCUUGGUUUUGUGACUAUCAGUGAUUAUUAAGCUGGAUAUUACAAAUGUGUUAAAGUUUCAGUGUGGUUAAUUUUCUGGUGACUCCAGUUAAAACUCUCUAAGGGGUAAAGCACUGAUGUAUUAGACUACUGUGUAAUAGUUUCUAGAUAUUAAUGAAUGAUAUGUAAUUUGAUAUUUCA